UCAAGCUGAAAAAAAAAAAGAUAUCUACCAGUGAGCUUCCUCAAACAAACCAAUAUGCUUUUCAUAAGAAGCUUCAUGAUUUUGUUCCUGUGCUGCAUGACCAUAAGAAUUAACCUUUGUUUUUCCAGCAACCCUUCUUCAUUGAGAACCCUAUCCGUUGAUGGUCAUUUCAGCUUUGAUGAUGUUCACCAUGCAGCCAAAGACUUCGGCAAUAGGUUUCAGCUACUCCCUUUGGCAGUACUAUAUCCAAAGUCGGUUUCUGAUAUUGCCACUACAAUAAGGCAUAUCUGGCAGAUGGGUCCGAAUUCAGAGCUCACAGUUGCAGCUAGAGGUCACAGCCACUCACUCCAGGGUCAGGCACAAGCCCACCAAGGAGUUGUAAUCAACAUGGAAUCACUCCAAGGCCCUAAAAUGCAUGUCUACACUGGAAACAAUCCAUAUGUGGAUGCCUCUGGCGGUGAGUUAUGGAUAGAUAUCCUGCGUGAAUGCCUGGAGUAUGGGUUAGCACCAAAAUCAUGGACAGACUACUUACAUUUAACUGUUGGUGGUACUUUGUCUAAUGCUGGGGUUAGUGGGCAGGCAUUUCGGCAUGGCCCUCAGAUCAGUAAUGUCCACCAGAUGGAAGUUGUUACAGGAAAAGGGGAAGUACUAAAUUGCUCGGAGAAGCAAAAUAGCGACCUAUUUCACAGUGUUCUUGGAGGACUUGGUCAGUUUGGCAUCAUAACUCGGGCAAGAAUAUCCUUGGAACCAGCACCUGAUAUGGUGAAAUGGAUUAGAGUUCUCUACUCGGAUUUUACAACAUUUGCCACAGACCAAGAGCGUUUGAUAGGUGCAGAAAACACGUUCGACUACAUUGAAGGAUUUGUGAUAAUUAACAGGACUGGCCUCCUGAAUAACUGGAGGUCAUCUUUCAAUCCCCAAGACCCAGUUCAAGCUAGCCAGUUUCAUUCGGAUGGAAGAACUCUAUACUGCUUAGAAUUGGCCAAAUACUUCAACCGUGACAGGGCAGAUGCACUAAAUGAGGAAGUCGGGAAUUUGUUGUCUCAACUAAGAUACAUCACAUCAACACUGUUCCAAACAGAAGUUCCAUACAUAGAAUUCUUGGAUAGAGUUCAUGUGUCUGAGGUCAAACUACGGUCCAAGGGCUUGUGGGAAGUUCCACAUCCAUGGCUCAAUCUUCUUAUACCCAAAAGCAAAAUAAACGAUUUUGCUGACGAAGUCUUUGGCAAUAUCCUCACAGACACCAGCAACGGUCCAGUCCUUAUCUACCCAGUUAACAAAUCAAAAUGGGACAACAGAACUUCUGCUGUUAUUCCAGAGGAAAAUAUUUUCUACUUGGUGGCUUUCCUUACCUCUGCAGUGCCCUCAUCCACAGGAACUGAUGGCUUAGAACAUAUCUUAACUCAGAAUAAAAGAAUUCUAGAAUUUUGUGAAAUAGCCCGCCUUGGGAUGAAGCAAUAUCUGCCCCACUACACUACACAUGAAGAAUGGAAAGCCCACUUUGGCCCACAAUGGGAAGUUUUUUCCCAAAGAAAAUCUACUUAUGACCCCCUGGCAAUACUUGCCCCUGGCCAGAGAAUAUUUCAAAAGGCAAUAUCUUUCUCAUAACACUGGCCAUUAUUCAUCUUAAAAGCAGAAAUCCCUUACGGCAUGUGAGGAAGGUGCCUUAACCCAUGUAAAUAGAUAACUAUCAUGGUCUCCUGUCUUCUCACAAACAGCAACUGUAACUAGAAUGCUGCGGUAGCUAGUUGAAAUUUUUCCAUCAAACAAGCAAAACAUUUCCAAUAUUAACUAUUAUUUAUAGUAAAAGGCACUGGAGAACAGUAGUCGUAGACGAAAUGUAUAUGGUAAUGAUUUUGCAAUUAAGUGUUGGUUAUUCCUACAA